AUCACUUUAAGACGCCGUGGGCUGCCUUUGCAGUUUGCAUUGGGUGGGCGAUUGCGAUAACUCCGUGGCGAGGAGGCGCCCAGGCGGUAGCGGCGGGGCGGCAACCGGCGGUGGGAGGGCGCCUGGCGGCGGAGAGGCUGGGAGUCGCAUGUACAAGCUAAGAUCCUCCUCCUAUCAUGUGCUGGGAAAUGAGGCCGCGGUUUGGGACUACGCCGCGUGCCAUAUGGAGAAGUUGGCCUAUCAUAUGUUCACAGCAGCAGGUGCCCUCAUCUUUCCACUCCGUAAGGAAGAUCGCCAUGACAGCUGCAUCUCUGCCACCGCCAUCUUCCUCAAAGAAGAGCACGGUCAUUGUCAUCUCGGGUCCUACCGGUGCUGGGAAGAGCAGGCUUGCGAUGGAGGUAGCCAAGAGGCUCGGAGGAGAGAUCAUCAGUGCCGACUCGGUGCAAGUGUACCGUGGCCUUGAUGUUGGUUCCGCCAAACCAUCUGCUGCAGAGAUGAACAUGGUGCCACAUCACUUGAUCGACAUAAUGGAUGCAUCCGAUGAUUACUCGGCUGGAACGUUCUUUCGCGAUGCCCGAAGAGCAACUGAAAAUGUUCUUGGCAGAGGCUGCGUUCCCGUUGUUGCAGGAGGUACUGGGCUCUACUUACGGUGGUACAUCUAUGGUAAGCCAAAUGUUCCACAAUCAUCCAUGGACAUCACUUCAGCUGUGUGGUCUGAGCUCGCCAACCUUCGGGUGAGUGGGCAGUGGGAAGAAGCAGUCGAGCUGGUGGUCAAGGCUGGUGACCCCAAAGCUCGGGACUUGUCCGUGAACAACUGGGCUCGACUGAGUAGAAGCCUUGAGAUUAUCAGGUCAUCAGGUCGCCCUCCGUCUGCCUUCACCUUACCAUACAAUACAUUUUGUGAACAGCAUUAUACCGAGCUAUCUGAUGCCUUGACUGAUGGUACCUGUGAAGCCAGGGAACUGGAUUAUGAAUUCCUCUGUAUUUUCCUUGCAAGUCCACGCGUUGAACUAUACCGAUCAAUUGAUUUGAGGUGUGAAGAAAUGCUGGCUGACACAGGGGGUCUACUUUCAGAAGCCUCAUGGCUGCUUGAUAUUGGAUUGCAUCCGAGUAUUAACUCUGCAACUCGUGCCAUCGGUUACAAGCAAGCCAUGGAGUACUUGCUGCACUGUAGGCAGAAUGGAGGCGAAAGCACCCCACAAGAGUUCCUCGAGUUUCUGACCAAGUUUCAGAGAACAUCUAGGAACUUUGCAAAGAGACAGAUUACCUGGUUUCGCAAUGAGAAUAUUUACCAGUGGGUCGAUGCUUCACAACCCUUUGAGGCGGUUGUUCAGUUUAUUUGUGAUGCAUACCAUGACUAUGGUGCAAGGGUGGUUCCUGAAUCACUUGAAAUGAAAAGGGAAAGUUGCAUGCUCAAAAGCCGUGAUCUCAAAACCUAUCGCUCAGAGAACAAGGUGUUUCUUGGGGAUGAUGACUGCUCUCACGUUUUGGAUUGGAUUAGGAGGACACAGCCGAAAUGAGGUCUAGUUCUACUCUCGACAUGUUUUUUCCCACCUGGAAAUUGUCCUGCUUUUGGGAGUGUUGACCAAUCACCACAAGGUUUUUUUUAGGGCAAUACGCCAAUACCACAGGAAUUCAGUUUAUAGGUUUCAGUUCUGUUUUUCAUCGCAAUACAAAUUCUGCCUUGUCAAAGUGCCACAAUGGAAUAAAAAGUCAGUGGUGCUUCUUUGUCAUCUCCCUCUUUGGACUUUGUAAGGAGCUCGGAUGCCGUUUUCCUGUGGCACACCGGAUUUUGUUAUUUUUGAGCUGGAAAUGAAUAGCAUGGCUCGUGGAAAAUUGAGAUGAGAUGUGUUGAGGACUUGUCCCUUUUAUUUGAACUGAGCUAUACUACUAUACAUACUGAAACUUCUGACUUUGCAAUAGUACAAUGCAGCGAAUUGUUCUGUCUGCCAUGCAUUUUGUUGUCAACCGUGUAAUGAAGCUACUACUUGUCUCCAGUCUGCCGAUGUUCUGUGGCUGUCUUUCAAUCCUGUAUGGUCUACCGGUUAAGCAAUCUAACCAGUAAAUGUUUGGUCAUUUGUUUGUACCGGUUGAAAGAAGAAAUGCAAAGCCAACCUGGUUGCCUUUUCAGGUAUCUCUCCUUGCACUCUUAUUUUUUUGCCUACCAAAUACCAUUUGCAAAUUGCAAAGGAGAAAUAAAAUUGCUUUCCACUAACUAGAUGGAACAAGGUUGGUUCAGCAAUCACUUUUAGGACACUGUCGAGCAACCUAACACAUGACCAGCAAAUGUACCCUUGCUUUUUGGCUUACACUGGACUUGGGAUCCCAAUCAUAUAGUGCCACAACCAAAUUAGCUGGUGAAGCAACGGCAUAUACAAGACCUAGACGGAAACGUACUGUGAUUCUGAAUCUCCUAAGGAACAUACACUAAGAUGGCAACAAAAUGACAGUUAUGCCUAUGGUACUUCCCUAAGAAUUAUUUUAGCUUUGUGUUUAUAGGGUUGGUGUACGUUUCAGCAUAGCAAAAUGCAUGUCUAACACUAAUGGAAGUUACUUUUGAGUUUAUACUUAAUUUCAGUCGAAUACUUCUUUGAAUUGGAAGUAUAGCUGAAUAUAUUGAGCAGAGUCAAACGGAGAACUGUAUGUUGCUUGUGAAUAGUAACUUGCGCUACAGUAGUGCUUCAAGCCUUCAAAAUAUUGGCCUAAAUUGCACGCCGGCUGCAAGCUGCUACUAGGUAAACUUAUUCAACCCUGAAUAGAAUAUACUCGACACUCUGUAGCAUGAAUUCAAGUCGGGCUGGUACAUAAACUUUGAAUGAUGGCACGUGCUUUUAUGUUGUUUGGCUAAUUCUUGAGUUUUGGUUAUCAAACAUAACUGGCUGCAGUACGUGAUUUUUUUAAUGCACAAUACUACUGCUAUCGCUGAUGAUUAGGCAGGAAUCCCAUGAAUGAUUUGGUACUUUGGUAGAUCUGCAACAGCACAAGUUUGACAAAUGGUGUGGCUGUGAGUGACUGCAUCUGCACCUAACUACACAAAUGUGCCAUUUUCAGUUCUGGUAGAGAUAGUGGCAGAGAACCAAAAUACAACCCAAUAUAUAAAAGAAAUGCUAAUUUUCUUGCGGAAGUAGAAGAAAUGCUAAUGAGAGGGUGAAAUUGUAUGCAUGGGCCAUGUCUGAAUUCCCCCCAAAUUGAUGAGGCCUCCCAACGAAAAUAUAGCCAGUGCCCAGUGGUUUGCAGAAAUCUAAUGGUCGAAAGGUAACUAGUGUGCUUAAUCGCCAUGAUUUAUAUGCCAUGAAAGAAACCAAAAGAGGGCGAUGAUGGAGAAAUAUACUAUAGUAAAAUAAAGUAGCGUGCUUAAUUAUUUGGUGUGCCUACCUUGAUGGAAAAGGACCAUACAUCUUUUGGCUUAGAAAAGAAUAUGGGGAUUCUUUGGCAAACAGCAAGCAAAGUACUGGCGAAUAAUAGUUACUACGCUGCUACUAUAUCACUUACUAAUUAAGGCACUUGAGCCAGAAGCAUAUAUAUAUUUUGCAUGUACAUAGUACUGCACUAUUGCAUGCCUAAUUAUAGGACAUUGCAUGAUAAUCAUGAAGAGGCCAGGUAAUUAAGAGAAGUUGUAUAGGAAGGGAUGAACGUUCCAGGAAGCUGCUGAUAUGUCAUGAUUAACUGCAAAACGUCAUGUUUUUGCCUUGUUAUUCUACUAUUAGUAACCAGAGAGAUGUGUUGUCAGUAAGGGAGAUGGCUAUGCAUGCAUGCAUGAACAAGUGAGAAGUUUGACUCGACUGACGAGUUGUGAGGAGUCAAAAUAUUAUUUGGUUAUGCAGUUCCAGUUGGUCAAAGAUGAUGGAUGCCUUGCCUCGUGGUUAGGCAGCCUACACCACCACUUUUGUUUGUGCCUGUCGACAUGAAUAAACGCACUUCCAAAAAAAAAUCUCCAUUGUAGAAGAGUGUGAAAGAAACAGAGUAGAGAAGUGGACUCGCACCACAACCACGUGGCUGUAACUCCAUGAACCGCGUAAAGUACAAAAUGGAGCAAAAUUAAAAGAAUCCUGCGCCUCUUAAAAUUGAGAAGAGAAGCCUCUCUCUCUGUGAUUAGCUUUGCCUUCCAUUUUGGACAAGAAAAGGCACGCCUUUUCUCCUCUCCUCCACCGACCGCGACGCCCCGCCCCACCCGCAACCUUCCGCACCCACAUUUCGCCGGAUUUCUGCAGAAACUUGCGCGAUCCGAUCCCGGAUUCGCUCUCCGCUUGCCGAGAUCUGCCAAUCGAUCCCUCUCGCGCGCGAUUUGGUUCUCUUGCCCCGCCGGGGGGGGGG